CUUUCGUUGCCAUUUGUGUUGAAUAGCAGAAUAGGGAGCCCGCCAACGCCAAGUCCACAUGGCCGGUCAAACACACUGAGUUUCUACUCUCCAACAGUAACACGGGACACAGUAAUUAAGUAGCAGAAGCAGCAGAAACAGAAGAGGAAGAAUAAGAACAAAUAAUGGCGGAUCCAAAUUUGGAAUGCAACAGCACAUUGAUUAUUUUUAACGACAGCACCAGAUGGGCUAAUUAAUUAUAGCACCCUAAAAUAAAACCUCCUAAAAAUCAACCCAAGUUGAGGAUGAAGAGAAAACCUCAUAAACCCGUGAUAUUGAGCUUCUUGUUCCCAAUAACGAGAUCCACCAUUCUCAUCCUCUCCAUGGCUUCCCUCCUCUCCCUCUCGCUCUGCAUCUUCCUCUCCCUCUUUCUUUCAUCCUCCAACGCCCAACUUACCCCCUCCCUCCCUGUCCUUCAAGCAUGCAAGGCCACGCGCUUCCCUCUCAUAUGCCACACCACGCUCAGUUCCGUGACCCAAACAAAUCCUGACCCAACCCCAGUCGAGCUCGUCCAAUCCGCCAUUAAUUCAUCCUACACCAAACUCCACGAUGCCAUCACCAUGAUCUCCUCCCUCUACGAGGACUCCAUCGCCAGCAACCGCACCCGCGCCACCGCGGCCAAGACCUGCAUUCAGAUCCUCCGCUACUCCCGCCGCCGCACUUUCCUCGCCGCCGACGCCGUCCCCCGGAAUGCCACAAAAGACGCCCGCGCAUGGCUCAGCGCCUCCUUGGCCUACCAGUACGGUUGCUGGUCCAGCCUCAAGUAUGCCAACGACACCCUCUCCGUCGCGGAGGCGAUGGUUUUUGUAGAUUCCCUUACCUACAUCACCAGCAACGCCCUCAGCAUGGUCGCAUCCUACGACCUCUUCGGCAACGACACCGCUUCAUGGAGGCCGCCGUUAACGGAGCGUAACGGCUUCUGGGAGCCACCGGUCGCUUCGGGAGGGUUCGGAUCGGGAUAUAAAUUAGGAGUGCCGUCGAAAUUGACGCCAGACGCUACCGUUUGCAAGAACGGGGAUGGUUGUUACAGGACGGUGCAGGAGGCGGUUCACGCGGCGCCGGAUAACCUUAAGGUCGGAGAACGGAUGUUCGUGAUUUACAUAAAGGAAGGGGUAUAUGAAGAGAAGGUCAGGGUUCCGCCGAAGAAGAAGAAUGUGGUGUUCUUGGGCGAUGGAAUGGGCAAAACCAUCAUCACCGGUUCCCGCAGCGUUGGGCUUAUGCCUGGAAUGUCAACCUAUCACUCAGCCACCGUCGGGGUUCUUGGGGAUGGAUUCAUGGCCAAGGAUCUCACCAUCCAGAACACGGCUGGUGCUGAUGCGCACCAGGCGGUGGCCUUCCGAUCGGACAGUGAUCUUUCCGUCAUUGAGAAUUGCGAGUUCAUUGGCAACCAAGACACACUAUAUGCUCAAACCUUGCGCCAGUUUUACAAAAAUUGCCGGAUCAUUGGCAAUGUGGAUUUCAUCUUCGGAAACUCGGCGUCAAUCUUCCAAGACUGCGAAAUCCUGGUCAAGCCGAGGAUAGUCGAUCCGGAGAAGGGAGAGACCAAUGCCAUCACGGCACAGGGCAGGACGGACCCUGGUCAGUCGACCGGCUUUGUUUUCUGGAAUUGCUCGUUUAAUGGCACUGAGGAAUAUAUGGCAUUGUAUCACAGCAAGCCUCAAGCACACAAGAACUAUCUAGGUAGGCCAUGGAAGGAGUAUGCUAGGACAGUAUUCAUUAAUUCAACCUUGGAAGCCCUGAUUGCACCGGAGGGUUGGAUGCCUUGGAGCGGGGACUUUGCGCUGUUGACGCUAUACUAUGGAGAAUUCGAGAACUCAGGACCCGGUUCGGAUUUGGCUAAAAGAGUUCCAUGGAGCAGCAGGAUCCCCAGUGAGCAUGUGGAUACUUACUCAGCUCAGAAUUUCAUUCAAGGAACUCAUUGGAUUCCGUCAUCUCUGUGAUUAGCUCAUCUUAGGAGAGGGAUGAUAGAGCAAGGGAGAGGAGGAGGCAUUGAUCGUAAUGGGGAAAAAAUUUUGCAUUUUUUUUGUUCAAUCAUGUUAGGUAUGCACCAAAAUCCACUAUCAGUGUAGAAUAUACAUUUAAAUACAAACUAUAUACUAAAAAUAAAUUAAACCACUCAUGUAUUUAUAUACAAAUACAUAGUGACUGAUUUGGUA